GGUUAGUAGUUCUUUGCUGGAAGUGUCAAAUACUACGAAGACGAGGUUGGAUCGUGUCUUUGUUAGAACUAGCCAUCCCUAUAUUAAUGAUGAUCAUUUUAAUUUACAUUGAGGAUAUGGUGUCAUCCGGAAACCAGGUUAAAAGUAAUGAGAUCUCCUUAAAAUCACAUUAUUCUUUCUUCUUUGCCCGUCUCACACAUCUUGAAGUCGCCUACGCUCCACAGAACAAUAUCUCGCGUGGGAUCAUUGAAAACGUGGUCCAGCAAAUCAAGAACCUUAGUCCAAUAUCAAUCAGAAAAGAGUCCAAGACCACUGAAAGUGAACUCGACCAGUGGCUGAGGAGUAGAUCUGUAAAUUAUUCAUCUGAUUUAUUUGAAAGAGAUAUAGGCAUUGUAUUUUCUUCAAUAGAUCCUCCAAGAGACAUUUACAGAUACAAAAUAAGAACAACUGAUCCAACAAUGGUGACAAAUACAAUAGAUAAUGAUAUUUCCACAAGGAAUUAUCCUUACGCACCAGUCUUCUUAGGUACUCAAAUGGUCUUGGAUCAAGCAAUACUCCAAAACGCAAAAAUUUCAAACCGGUUAGAGUUGUUCUUUAGCCACCUUCCAUCAAAGGAACAAGAUCUUUUCAUCGUGACAAACGUUUUAUUUGUGUUCUUAGUGUUUGCUUAUUUGUUCCUUUUGGUGUCAGUGAUCAAAGAUGUGGUCGAAGAGAAGGAAUGUGGUACCAAAGAGCUGACUAAGAUAAUGGGAGUAGAUUCUUGGAUGAUCUGGUUUCAUUGGUUUAUCUACGGUAUGAUGGUUCAACUGCCGGUAAUUCUAGUAGUUACCCUCAUUAUGACGGCUUGGAAACCAAUUUUCAUUAGUGCUGGUGGGUUGGUUGUGUUUAUUUUGUUUUUGCUGUUCACUAUUAACCUCAUCGUGGUGCUUUUUGCUGUGAGUUGUCUGUUCUACAGAACUAAUGUGGCUCUAACCGCUAGCUUAGUAGGAUGGUUUGUGUUGCACCUACUGUUAUUUAUCAUGGUCAUUAAUAAACCAGAGAACAUUACUUCGUUCAUGGAGCUAAUCUUGAGUUUAUUUCCCAUACCGAAUCUUUGCUGGGCACUGAGUUCGCUGGUGUCAUUCCAAAUGUACGGUGAAAAAUGGACGUGGAGUUGUGUAUUUACUCAAGGAUAUACAAAGUUCAAGACAUCAGUGGGAGGUUCGAUGGUUUCGUUUAUUGUAAGUACAAUGUUGCACACAAUGUUACUCAUAUAUUUAGACGCUAUAUACCCAGGGCCUUACGGUGUACCAAAGUCGUAUAACUUUGUGUACAAAUGGAUAAGAGAACGUUUAUCGGAGAAAGAUGUCUUAGAUUAUAGUGAAAUAGUACACGAAUCCCCGGAAAACUUCGAACCUGUUGGGGAAAACGUUAAGACUGGUAUUGCGCUUCGUGGAUUGCGCAAAAUAUUUGGGAUUUAUAACAAAACUGUCGCUGUGGACAAAGUGGAUUUGGACAUUUACCAUGGGGAAAUAAUGGUCCUUCUAGGACACAAUGGAGCAGGGAAAACAACCACAAUGUCUAUGAUCACAGGAAUGACAGCUGCUUCCAAAGGGGUGAUCAUGUUUGAGGGUGAAAACAUAACAGUAAACAAAAGUAAAUUCAGAGAAAACCUCGGUCUGUGUCCUCAAAAAAACUUAUACUUUUCAAAACUAACUAUCUUAGAACAUUUAAUGUUUUUUGGAAUGCUAAAGGGUAUGUCAUACUCGGGAUCUAAAAAAAGUGGCAAGAGUCUGUUAUACAGUCUGAGUAUGUUAGAUAAAGCUGAAACUUGGGGUUCCAAACUUUCAGGAGGCAUGCAGCGAAGAUUGUGCCUUGCAAUAGCUCUCGCAGGAAAUCCGAAGGUGGUAAUCUUAGACGAACCUACUUCCGGACUCGACCCACAGACCAGGCGGUCGCUCUGGGACGUCAUUCUAAGGAUGAGAGGGGAGAGAACUGUGUUGAUCACUACUCAUUUCAUGGAGGAGGCUGAUGUGUUGGGAGACCGGAUAGCGAUCAUGGACCGUGGCAGAGUUGUUUGCUGUGGAACCUCGUUAUUCCUAAAGAAACUCUUCGGCACAGGCUAUCAAAUCCACGUAUUAAAAUCACACAAAGCACAUGUCCAUAACAUAUCUAAUGUGGUUAAACAAAACAUCCCGAAUACCCAUGUUAAGGUCGUGUCAAAAAUUCAAGUGAAUUAUAUCACCAAAGAGGAAAAUGUCGAUAAAUUUCCAGCCUUGUUCACCGCAUUGGAGAAACAAAAAAGUAGUUUACAUAUUACAGCUAUAACAGUAACGUGCGCUUCUUUGGAGGAUGUGUUUCUAAAGGUAGCUUCCUUGCCAAUGGGAGACGUUUUGAACACGGAAAAAUCCGAACAGUCCGUGUCCAAAACAUUUAAAAUGGACGAACAUGAGAGACUGCAGGGGAUCGACCUUAUUCGUCAACAGAUCAGUGCUCUAUACGAAAAAAGAAUUAUCUAUGUUAAACGACACAUAUUUUCUUUUCUUUUUAAACUGUGUUUUAUUUUGUUCGUUCUAAUAUCCUUUGCAGUAUUUACUCAGAUAGAACGAUACACAUAUGAAAAACAAAAAGAACUACUAAUUAAUCUGAGGUUAUACCCAAACUCCUUAGUUCUGUUGGCGUACGAUAAUCAACGUUUCAAAGGCAUGGUUGAUAUUGGUGUAAAAAUAGCCCAAUCUUUGUCUGGAAAAGUUAUGGUCUUCUCAGACACAUCUGCACUUGACGAUUAUUUGUCCAAAGAAACUACCGAGAACAAUUAUGAAUACGUUCGGAAAGUUUUAUUUGCAUUAACAUUUACAGACGGAUUUGUUGUCAUAAGACAUCACGCUGGAAGGAAACAACACGCUCCUGCAAUCGCUAUCAACUUUCUCUCCAACAUUUUAUUGCAGAACAAAACAAACAGAAGUGGACUAAUUCAAGCUGUCAAUUAUCCUUACGUCAAUACGGAGACAAAAAUUUGCAAUAGGGAAAAGACUAAUGAGGUUGCCUUGGAGAUCCUGAUAAUAUACCCUUACCUAAUACUUUUAUCAAUAGGAUUUACUAUUUUACUGAGUGAGCUGUUAAGUUUUAUCAUCGAAGACAGAACAACAGGGUUUAAACAUCAACAGUUUCUAGCGGGUCUCUCUCCAACAGUCUAUUGGUUUGUAAACUGGACAUUUGAUUUUUGUGUGUAUUUUACCUCGGCAAUUUUGAUUUUGAUAAUAUUUUCAAUAUUCGGGCCGAGGAUUACAUUAAUGCGUUUCACAUGGUUUUGUUUACUUUUCUUAGUGUUCCUCCUUCAAGGAUUAGCUGCGAUCCCUCUGAUGUAUUUAUAUUCUUUCGUUUUUGACAGCCAAGGGUCAAGUCUCGCCAUAUACAACGUUCUAAUGAUUUGCUUGGGGGUGUUUCCAGCGUUACUAGUGAGUACUGGGAUAUUAAUGCUGUUUGGCCUCCCCAUUUUUAUUCUGGUUGUGAGCGUUCUUUGCUUAAAUCCAGUUUCGGCUACACUAUUGUGUCUAAGAUUCAUAUUGAAGGCAAUUGUACUUGAAGAAUUUUGCAGAGUGUGCAAAGACGAACUGUGUCCUAAAGACGUAUCUGAUGUGUUAAGAAUGCCAAAUAAGGAUGAUCAAUCUGGAAUCCUUUUAUACCUUAUUUUCCUUUUAUGUGCAUCUCUAAUUUAUCCUUUAAUUGUUUUGUUGGUGGACUGUGGACUGAUAAGUAAUAUCAGAAUGAUACUUACAUGUGGGGAGGCUGACCUUUCUCCACCAACCGAUGCAGAUGAAGACGUUAAGCGGGAAACUCUAAGAGUAGAAGCUCACAAGUACGAGAACAAAGAUACGCCGUUGCGAGUUGAAGGUUUGGAAAAGAAGUAUUCACGAGGUCCAAAAGCGGUGGAUAAAGUAAGCUUCUUAGUUUUAAAAGGGGAAUGCUUUGGCCUAUUAGGAGUGAACGGAGCGGGAAAAUCUACGACGUUCAAAAUGCUGACUGCAGAAGUUAUCCCAGACAGAGGAGACGCGUUCGCUAAUUCGUUCAGUAUAAAGACAGACAGAAGGCAGUACAUGACGUCAGUCGGAUACUGUCCCCAGCAUGAUGCCAUUUUGCCUUCCCUUACUGGUCGGGAGAUCCUGCAGAUUAUUGCGAAGAUACGAGGUAUUCCGUCGUCGGAAACGAAGAACGCUGUGGAGACCUGGCUAGGCAUGAUGGGAAUCCUCGAACACGCAGAGAAGCGAUGCGGUUCAUACUCUGGAGGGACAAAACGCAAGUUAGGCACGGCGAUGGCACUGAUAGGGUCGCCAGAAGUCGUGUUUCUGGACGAACCAACCACCGGUGUUGAUCCGGCGUCGAGGAGGAAGCUGUGGACCGUCAUAAAGAGCUUGCAGAAGCAAGGGCAAGCAAUAGUGCUGACGUCACACAGCAUGGACGAGUGUGAAGCUCUAUGUACCAGGCUCACAAUAAUGGUAGCAGGGAGGAUGAAGUGCAUCGGGAACGUGGAGUACCUCAAGACCAGGUUUGGCAAUGGUUUCUCCGUACUUCUAAAACUUGGAGAACACAAUCCAGAGGACGUUGAGUUACUCAAGCGGGACUUUGAUCUCUUGUUCCCUGACAACGUUGUGAAAGACGAGCACGACACAUUGAUCCACUACACCAUUCUCAAUCCGGACAUUUUGCUCAGUCAACUAUUCUCUAGCUUGUUACAGUUCAAACAAGAUCACCAAAUUGUGGCAGACUUUACGGCAUCAAACACUACCCUGGAGGAGUUGUUUUUGUCAUUCGCAUCUAAUACGCAGCAGAGAGUGUAGAUGGUUGAAAAUAAUAGACACACAUCUUAGGUUUCAAAUAACUUCCAGAAAUAAUGUGCAUAAUUAACACUACGCCUUUAUAUACAAAAUCAAUAAAAGCUCAA